AUGUCAGGAGCACGAACACUCUGCAACACCUGGCCGAUCAUCAUGACCUCGACGAAUGUGGAUCGCUACAGCUUCAACUCUUCCAACCCCUCCCAACCUGCGCCUCGCACUCGGGGAGCCCCUAAUCAACAAAAUCGACGAGUGCCAGAGCAGGAAGUGACUCCUCGGCAGGCAGUAGAUGAUGCACUCAGGUGUUCAGAUGAUGAGAUUGCAGAUUCAGAGGGUGAGGACAUGGUCGAGUUUGUCCACGAAGAAUUGCACCAAAAUAGGGAGGAAGUUACCGAAGGUACCAAAGGCAAUGGUGUACAAUCUGUGGGAGAGCAUGAGGCCCAAGGUGUUCAGAGGCGCUCCUUCCUUCAGUCUCCCCGUAGAUUACCUCCUGACGUGUGA